AUGUCAAAUUUAGAUUCAGACCGAACGGGAUUCGCAACUCUUUGCAGUCCUAAGGACGCUCUCGUAGACAUUGUGUUUGUACAUGGCUUGAGGGGGGAUAGGAAAGAGACGUGGACGGAAGGAACGACAUUAUGGCCCGAAAGCUUACUGCCAGAGAAAAUCCCACGAGCUCGGAUCCUGACUUUCGGUUACGACGCCGACAUCUACCAUUUCUGGUCAAUGCCCGCCUCGGCCAACACCAUCAAGAACCAUGCAGAUAGCCUGACGGCCGGCCUCAUCGGCCUCAGACACGAGGAGGAACAAACAGCUGCACGCCCGAUCAUAUUCGUGGCCCACAGCCUCGGUGGCCUAGUCUGCGCAGCGGCAUUGAUGGCCAAGACGAAGCAGGCUCUAUCAAACGCGGAAGACUGCCUACAACAACCCCACACAAAGUCUAUAUCAGACUGUACAAGGCGCAUCGCCUUUCUUGGAACACCUCAUCAAGGUUCAAACAAAGCACAGUGGGCCGAAUCAGGAAAGAAUUUUCUCUCUCUCUUUUCGAGGAAAACCACUGGAGGCGUCCUCAAGGAAUUGGAGCAGGGUUCCGAUACGCUGGUGAAGCUUGGGGUUGCAUUUCCAACAUGGCUCUCCCAUCGUGCGGGAAAGCCGAAGACUAAGGUCGAGAUCGUUUGUUUCUUUGAAGAGCUCAGCUCAAGCGUUGGCGGCACAUCUAUUGGCAAGAUCGUACCUGAAGAAUCAGCCAGGUUGCUAGACUAUCCGACACUCUCAAUACACGCCGACCAUUGCGGCAUGUGCAAAUUCAGGGACGAAAAAGAUGGGAACUAUCGGACCGUAGCCGAGGUUCUGGCGAGGUGGGCAAAGGAAUUGAAGGAAGAGACCAAAGAGGAAGAGACUGAAACCGUUGGUCCAACUUCAGUCCUCCAGGAGACCGAGACUGAAUCUGAUUCUAGUCUGGAGGAAUCGUCUCGAACAGCAAAUUCGGAGACAACAACCAAGGGCAACAGUUUGGAGUCUACGAGUCGAAAGGCUCAACGAACUUUGCCAGCGCUCUUAACCGCCCUCGCGUUCGCACUGAGGAUGUCGUCAAGCGAGGAUGUGCUCGAAGGUUUCGCGUCUCUUCCUACGGGACCAGUGCCAUACAAAGCAUUUUUAAGCGACCUCUCGGAAACGAGUCCAGCUUUACGGACUUUUCAGUCAUUGUCGUUGGGGCCAGAACCGAGUCUUGACAGGUCCAUUGCAAUAUCGAAAUUUUCUCUUUUGUUGAGCACUCUGAGAGUCCCUGGCCCUUGCGAUUUGCUCCAUGGGAAUUCGCCUCUCGGCUCUGGGGCCCAAUUCGCCGUAGUAAAGCAAGAAGUCAACGGACUCGCCGACUCGAAAACCCCGGCCGCAGCUUUGAAUAACAGUGUAGAAAUCGCUGCCAUCAAAACACCAAAAUUUAUUCUUGAUGGCCAAACAAAGCUGGAUAUCUCAAGCCCUGAAGUGAGCCGGCAAGUCCGCAAUAUGAUAAUCGAGAUCACCGCACUCUGUCAUCCAAGACUACGGGUCCACCGAAACAUUGUUGACCUCCUAGGAUGGGGCACGAAUGCUGAGACUUGGCAUGAAGUUCCUUUCCUGGCGUUGGAAUUGGCGAACAAUACACUAGCUGCCUUUCUUCGCGAGUCAAGAUCUUACCCCGUCGCGCUCAGGCAUCACAUAUCCCUUGAUAUUGGUUGCGGACUGGAUGCUGUGCACGAGAUAGAGCUCAUUCAUGGAGAUCUUAAACCCGAGAACGUGCUAAUGUUCUACAAAGCUGGGUACUGGGUGGCUAAACUUGCUGACUUUGGUGGUGGUGCCGAUGCAGGUCAAGAUGGUAUCUUUGAAGGUAGAGGAACCGUCGGUUGGAGAGCUCCUGAGUUCCAGCAGUUUUCCGACCAUGGAAAGCCCCUUGACCGAUCCCUUCUAGACAGAAUUGAUAGUUAUUCUUAUGGUUUGAUGCUUUGGAGCUUGUUCCUAAGAGAGAGUGGUUCGCCUCCUUGUACUGAAAGUGUCGAUGCGGAGAUCGUUGCGCUUUCAGAAUUAGAGAGUGACCCUUCAUUUUUGCCUGUGUCCCUACACUUGGCACUAAAGACAUCGUUCUCUUUGUUGCUGAAGCAGAGCCCACGAACAAGGGCCGGAAGAGUGGGGCAUUUGCUGGACGAUGGUAGCCGGGUAUACUCUGAGUGGGUGGGACUCCAAGGUUCCAGGAGUGGCGCCUCUUUCCCGGAUGAUGUGGCUGAUGACUUGACUGAAGGGUAUGAUAUUCGGUAUGACUGGGAGGUUCCGGAGAUCAGCAUGCACAAUGCGAAAGCCAUCCGAUCAGCGUUUUCAAGAAAUGCGCCUCUGAGCGCAGAGAUACUAUGUGCUCUAUUUAUGAAGUAUACGGGGCCCGAGCGUCGCUUUCAUCAGGAGGACGGCCAGAUCAGGGAUCUUAUACUCGACCUCCUCUACGCUGGUGCCCAAAAAGGUAGCCAGCCUUUACGAGCACUAAUUUAUGUUGUCCAUGAGCACUUCCAGAUUUUACCUAGAGCUGAUGUAACCAAGGUAAAGCUCCUUUGGAUGUCUGAGGCUGUUGCAGGCGGAGCUUUCUUUCUUCGAAACGCGCUCCAGCACUUGGACAGUAGCCUCCUAGAAACAUCCAUCCGAAGGUUCCACGAUUACGGAGGGUAUAAUCAAUUCUACGCAGCAUUGAAUCGAGAAACCAUAUCACACAUCCUUGGGCACACUUCACUAGAGAAUGUGGUGAAUCUCAAUAGACAGGCGCCACUUAAUGCACGGGGCGACAAGCUUCUGCACAUCCUGUCUUCUGUCACUGCAUCUGAAGGACUUAAAGAAAUCCUCAAGCUUAUAGAUCCGCGAGAGGUGAAUGCAUUGAACGACUGCGGGGAGACAGCUUUGUAUCGUGCAUGCAUGGCAGGAGAGACUUCAAAUGUCCUACUGUUGCUUUCCCAGGAUGCCGAUCCUUCGAUCAUACCCUCACAUCGUGGCCCGACCUGCUUGCACUGGCUAUUUCAUUUCAAUCCUCCAGACAUUGACACUAUCGCGAGAGAGCUUAUCAGUCACGGAGCCCCCAUCGACUCAAGUUCCGAGCAGAAGGUCCCAACGCUCCAUUACCCCUUCACUUUGCCUGUGGGGACUCCGCUCCAUUGGGCGGUUGAAAUGUCGGCAGCGGAAGCCACCCAAUCUCUUCUUCGCCAAGGAGCAAUUUCAUCGUUUCGUGAUGGCAGUGAUCCGUACGCUUACGACGAGAAUGUUCGGCAUCUAGAUAUGUCACUUCCUCCAGACUGGGUCCGUUAUUCAGCACCCAAAAAUACUACCCUAGGCUUCAGUGCAAUUGAUGUGGCAGUGAAGAACCGAGAUCCCGAGAUUCUAGAUAUGCUUCUUUCCAAUGAUUCCAGUGUUGAUCCAAAUGAUACCGACGAAGAAGGGUAUAGCGCCUUGCACCGCUUGGACGCAGGCGAGUGGCGAUAUACAAUCCAUGGAAGCGCUGUAUGGUGCCCAUUAUUUCAAGGGCCCACAGCAGCCCGGGCAGACUCGUUGAGAAAAACUGUGGAUGUCCUUCUCCAACAUGGCUUUCAGCUCGAUAAGUUGACGAAACCAAAAACAUCCACGACAAGCGGGCUCGGUUUUUCCGAUCAGACCGCACUCAUGGUUGCCGUGGCCAAACGGAACACCGAAACCAUCAAAACGCUCCUUGAUGCUGGAGCCGAUGUCAAUGUUGCGAGUACUGAAGGGGAGACCGCUCUGCUGUCGUUCACAGACGACUACUUGUAUGAUGAAGCACAGCAGUCCAAGGUUGUGUCGCUGCUGCUUGGCGCGAAUGCGAACCUUCACGCACGUGACAGUCGGCAUAACACGCCUUUCCUGCGAGCAGCAUCGAUUGGCCUGCUCGGAGUAGCCACAGCAUUGCUCAACCAUGGCGCCGACUUAAGAGAUCGUAAAAAGAACACAACUUCCAAUCACUAUGGAUUGACAGCUUUCGCCCUUCUAGCUAGGUGUCCCUUGCAACGAGCCCCGGAGCACGACGAAUGGUUUCUAUCACAGCUGACUUUGCAUAUCUUGCCACGCCUAGCUCAGCCCGAGGGUUUAGAAAUACGCAACGAGCUCCUGGAGCAAGCGGACCUUGAUGGGGGAACACUGCUUCAUUAUACAGCAAAGGAAGGGCUCGUUCGAAGCUGCGCAAUUCUAGUUGAAGCUAAAGUUAACGUUAAUGGCCUUCGUCGACGUGAGAAGUUUAGACGUGGAGGGACAGUCAUUAGCUAUCGCACCCCAUUGGACGAGUCGCUAAAAAGUGAAACAUAUCGCCGAUCCUGGCCACCGGGUCCAUUCUCUGAGCAAGGCAAUGACAUCGCGAACCUUCUCAAGGGUGCUGGGGGUGUGCAGUCGAAACAUCUCAUUGCAAAGGCAUUCAUCGCCCCUCAACAGCAAGGCUCGACGGGUCAAGGGAAACCGCAAAGUCCGACCCAUGAAACGGCGUGA